CAACUUCUGUUAUAAACUUUGAAUUAUUUUUUUCAAGAUAAUUAAUAUAUCACUCAAGACGACUUUCCGGAUCGACUCUUGAUAAUUGCAAAAGAAUUUGAAGAGACAUCACAUUGUGACAAAGAGGAAGAGUUACAACUUUAAACUUCGAUAUGUCGACAACUAUGUCGAUUCAGGCUUUGUCGAAACUUAUAACAAAAUUACAAUUACCACUAGUGAUGUCUCCCAUUAAUAGCUUCGUAGGGGUGGGUCUCCUAACUAUGCCCUUCUGCUUCAAACAAUGCGGCAUCGUCUUGGCCAUUUUGCUGUUAAUUCUGUGUAACAUCUUGUCACGACUUGCGUGUUACUUUCUCAUCAAGCCGAUUGAAAAAGUGGGUAGACGCAUGUUUGUACUACUUGCUUCACACGCGUUUGGUCAGACGGGGAAAUUUCUCGCGCAUCUUUUAAUCAUCGGUUUUAUGCUGGGUACUUGCGUCGCCAACUUCAUCGUCAUCGGCGAUUUGGUAUCGCAGAUAAUCAGCUAUGUGACGGGAGAGACAACAUUGGAGAUACAUCGCAUCCUCUGCAUAAUCAUAAUCGGAUUUACAACAAUUUUUCCUCUAGGACUGCGUCAAAAUCUCUAUUAUUUGGUUAACUAUUGGAAUGAGUUUACGAUAUUCUUCUAUUAUUUGAUUGCAGCAGAGAUGGUAAUCACAUCUCUUUUUAUCAUCUAUUCGGAAAAUUGGACAGACAGUGUUAAUUAUUGGAGAUUAGAUGGCAUUUUCCAGUGCCUGCCAAUAUUCUUCAUGGCUUCCUUCUGCCAUAUUCAAAUGCUUGAAAUAUAUAAAAUGACUUUGACUUUAUAUUCACCGUUAAUGUAUAAUAUUGCAAAAAAAGCAUUAAAUAAAUGUACUUAUAUAUAUAUAAUUGUUGGCUUGUUUGGUUACAUUUGUUUUUAUAAUAGUCAAUCACUCACAGGAAAUAUAUUACUGAGUUUCCAGCCUAACAUAGUAUCCACACUGAUUCAAAUGGGAUUCAUAUUAUUGAUUAUAUUCAGUUUCCCCCUAGUUAUUAUGAAUUGUCGUAACAGCUUGAAUUCCCUUUUAUGUAACAAGUUAUCAGUUGACAAACUAUUUGCCAGUCAUUUGUCAUUAUUUAGAUGUCUAUGUCUCACUAUCUUAAUAAUCAUCACUUCUAUGAUAAUUGCUAUUCGAAUACCAAGCCUAGAGAUUGUUCUUAAUAUCAUGGGAUCGACGAUUGGAGGAAUGAUCUUCAUAUUUCCGGCAGCAAUUUUUAUACGUAUAAUAAAUAGCAGUAAUCUUAGUCAAAGAUUACUAUCGUAUUUCGUUGUUAUAUUCGGUGUUUGUUUUACGGCUUUCUAUAUGCACGCCAAUUUUUACUCAAUGGAAGAGUCUACAAAUACAAAAUCAUUGAAUAAUAUAAGUUCGACACUGAAAGAUGACAUUAAAGUAUCCAUAGCGAAACCUAUGAUUGAUAAAGAAGAACAAAGUGCCGAAGAAAUUGAUGAAGCAGCAGUAAAUUCUUUUACGCCGAGAGAAGAGUUAAAAGCAGAAAUAUUUAAAACCUUAAAUGAUAUGGAAACGUCACAGGAAGAAGCAAGAAAUAAUGUACAUUAUUUCCUUCGUGUUGAAGACAAGCUCAUCGGUCUUGAUAAAAUAUCCGAGUUUUUUUUACCUGAUAGACAAAAAGAAAAAAUGUCGAAAUUUAAGUUUUUGGAAUUUAAAGAGGAAAGUAUAGAGGAAUCUAUAGAGAACUGCAUAGAGAUGCGAAAAAUAGAGUAUGAAUAAAAUAUAAAAUAUAGAAUUUUGAAAGUAAUUUAAAAAAUAAAGAAAAGUAUAUGUCAUUAUUAAGUGUCGUAUCAGAUGGAACUCUACAGACUCUAUUCUUCUGAUGAGAAGAAAAAUUAUGAAGAUAAAAAAUUUGUCAAGCAAUUAUUUAUAUUGAGCUCAAUUAAAGUUGCCUCUGAUUAAAGUGAACGUUUAUUUGUCCAAACAGGAAAAUAACAAUAAAGACCAUUUCUAUGGAUCCGUUUCCAUCGUUCUUAAUGUGGAUAAUGUGAGAGAGAGUUUAAAAACUUCUGAAAAUAUUGUGUAUACAGGUAAAAAAAAUAUCCACAGUAAUAUUUUUUUUAAAAUAAUAGAAUUCACACUACAAAUAACUGUAAGACAUAGUUUGU